AUGAAGUACAAUCCAGAUAGGCCAGAAGCAUAUAACCUUGCAAAUCUCCCAAUGAGAACAGCACAAUCAUACUGGGAGAUAAUUAAGAAAUUGUUUGCUGCCACAUCAAAAACUGCCAGAGUAGUGAUUACAAAGUCCACAGGAGUAUCAUGGCUACCAUUAUGUGCAGCCAGUAGGGCUUUCCUGCACCCAACUUAUUUCCCUUUGGAUCCUUUUCAUCUCUUCUAUAAGAAUGGUACAGCCUUUAUACGGGAUAUUUGGACAAUAUUCAGCUCAGAGACAGAAACCAUCCAUUUGCCAGCUAAUAAAGCAUGGGAGUUUGGAUCUCUUGUAGCAAAGGCUAUGGUAUCUCUCCCACCUUCUUUCUGUGGCCCAAUCCAUGAUCCUCAUUUGAAGUGCCAGAGUCAAUAUAAAGUGUACGAGUGGAUGGCACUUCUCCACUGGUACAUCAUUCCAAUUGGAAUUGAACUAGGAUUCAAUUCACUAGUUUUGCAAAAUUUUUCACUUUUUGCAGAAGCUGUGGAAUUUGCAAUGACUAUUUCAGAAUGA